AUGCUGCGCGACGAUCGCAGUGGCUGCGGAGGCGGCGCCGCAAGUGGGCCCAGCGCGGGGCGGCCGGCGGAAAAAGGGGACGCAGACCAGAAGAGACGGAGAGGCGGCGACACGCGACGCGACGAGUCGGCGGCGGCCGGUGAUGGUACAGUCACCGCCAAAGAGCCCUGCACGCCGCGCGUAGGAAGUCUGGCUGGUUUGUGUGGUCUGGCAUAUGGGGUCAGCCCGGCUGCGCAUCUCGCCGCUGAACCGCCAGGCGCGCGCGGCGCGCUCUCGCUCUCUCUUUCUCUCUGUCCCUUCUUGCCCGUCUCUCUCCCGCGGCGGCGGCGGCGGCGGCGGCGCAGUCGCCUGGGCGCCCCCGGUCUUCCCCCAGACCGCGCCUCGCCCUCCGCCACCGCCCCGCCGCCCUUCCGCUCGCCGCGCGCCGUGCCACCGCCGCGCCGCUCGCGCGCUCGGGCCCGAGGAUAUAAACUUUUGUUGCUAGCGGCCGAGCACAGUAUACACACCACCGCGGCGCCACUGCUGUUGGGUUUCCAGCGUCGUUUUUCGCCCCGAAAAAAAAAGCGGUUAAAUCAAUACGUGCAUACACGAGACGGAUUUGGGCGAGGAUCCCUAAGCGCGUGUAGUAGUCGAGUGGUGUCCGCGGGCGGUGCGCCGCCCGACUGCAGCGCGCGCGCGCGAAGCGGCGGUAAAACGUCAGGCAAAGUUUGUGAGGGAUUAGGUGAGGAGGCGGUCAAUGUGGCGGCGUGUAGCGUGGCAUUAGUAUGGAGCGUGGUGGGGGGCGCACGGGAGCGCCAGGCAACCACCGCGGCGCGCUCCGCACUGCAGUGGCGACGGCGGGCGCUUUUGCGCCCCGGUCGCGCGCGCCCCGCGUCGCCCCACGCGGCGGUGGAGGCGGCGGGCGGCGGCGGUGGCGACGGUGGCGGUGGCGGACGCGCCGGGGCGGGCGGGGCUCACCACCGUCGAGGAUUUGGUUCUGCGCACGACUUGGCAACGCCGCGUAGCUAUAACCGAUAUUGUGGCCGUCCGAAGGGCGAAAAGGAAUGCAAGGGAGGGGAAGAGCGGGUCAGACCGGUGCAGUCCCCCCUCCGCCGACGCCAGCCUCCCCACCACGCGCGCUUCCCCUCCAGCUUCCCCCACCACGCCGCCGCCUCCACCGCCGCCGCCGCCGCCUCCUCCUCCGUUAGCUUCAACAACCUCUCACCAAGCUUAGUCCGACAGUUUUACCUUCAGCCGUUUGGAGAUAGCACGCGCGUUCGCGGCAGUCGUGGUGCUAUAUGUACAAGGAGUGGUCGCCUGGAGGCGCCACGCAGCAACAGUUGUGCCGUGGUGACCACGGUGUGGGGAGUGACGACGUCGACGCAGUCCGGGCCCCACAGCAACUUCCGCUGGCAGCGGGGGCGCGCGGGGGGGGCGGCGUGGGCCGGGCGUAGCAGCGAACGCCUUCCCGCAGGGACCGCCCGGCAAGCAGCGGCGCCGCGCCGCCGCCAGCCGCCCGCUUCGGGGGCGGCUACCGGCAGGCCGUCCCGCCGGCGUGUGAGUCAGAGCGAGCGCGCGGCGUGA